AUGAUGCGCGAUACGACGACGAAUUUUUCGCAGAUUAUUCGGACGAGGAUACGACGAGCUUCGGUCGAGUCUUGGAUGAAUGCCGAUUUGCUGUUUGCGCUUAGUGGAGAGACUAGAACAAAUAAACAAACUUUAUCAACAUCAGUACAAGUUGAGUACUUAGGGCGACGGGACCAAGUCGGACGAUUGCAGCGACAGCCGCUGCAGACGAAGAAUGCCGAUCACUGGAUUGCAUCAACACACUGCUGCAACUGA